UUUGGAAAAUUAUGCAAAAUCUGAUUGAAAUGACCCGUGAGUGAAUUACAAGUGGGGUUCUCUCGAUUCUUACCUCGCAAACAUUAUCUUCAAUCCUCUUCCCCGACUGGGUAAGAAUCUAAAAAUCUCAAACCCCCUUUUACAAAAAACAAUUCCUCCUCUAUUGGAUUCAGUUAACAGCUACUACUACAAUGGCGUCAAUCUCCAAACUCGCUUUCAAUGAUUGUAGAAUGCAGAGAUUUGAUGCUCUCCACAACCGAAACUUCCACUUCUCACCUGGAAAGCUUCAAUCCCAUCUGGACGUUAGGGGAAAGUUGUGUUUAUCUGAUAGUCGGAGAAGAAGUUUAGUGGUGGCUCAGUCUAUGCUGCUUAAGCCUCUUGUUUCUUCUGCUUCUCCCUGUGCAGUUCGGGUAACGUCAAGGAAACUCCAAAUUUUGUGCGAAGCUGCUAGUGAUGUAUCUGGAGAAAUCGUCCCUGGUGAUUCUCCUGAUGGAAUGAGCACGUAUGAACGAGUUAUUGAAACUUUAACCACUCUUUUUCCUGUUUGGGUUAUCCUUGGAACCAUUCUAGGCAUCUACAAACCCGCUGCAGUAACUUGGUUGGAGACUGACCUUUUUACUGUGGGAUUGGGUUUUCUUAUGCUUUCAAUGGGAUUGACACUGACGUUUGAGGAUUUCAGGCGUUGUUUAAGAAAUCCAUGGACUGUUGGUGUUGGAUUUCUUGCCCAAUACUUGAUUAAGCCGAUGCUUGGCUUUGUCAUUGCCAUGACUCUCAAACUGUCUGCUCCUCUUGCAACUGGUCUUAUUUUGGUCUCAUGCUGCCCUGGGGGACAGGCAUCAAAUGUUGCUACUUAUAUAUCUAAAGGAAAUGUCGCACUUUCCGUUCUCAUGACAACGUGUUCGACUAUUGGCGCCAUCAUCAUGACGCCAUUGCUGACCAAGAUUCUUGCUGGACAACUAGUUCCAGUUGAUGCAGCUGGUCUUGCCAUCAGCACAUUUCAGGUGGUUUUGGUUCCAACUGUUGUUGGAGUUUUAGCUAAUGAAUUCUUCCCCAAAUUCACUUCAAAGAUUAUCACAGUGACACCAUUGAUUGGAGUUAUCCUCACUACUCUCCUCUGUGCCAGCCCUAUUGGGCAAGUUGCAGAUGUUUUAAAAACUCAAGGAGCACAACUGUUGCUCCCAGUAGCCAUCCUCCAUGGAGCAGCAUUUGCUCUAGGCUAUUGGCUUUCAAAAUUAUCGUUCGGCGAAUCCACUUCUCGCACGAUUUCAAUUGAAUGUGGAAUGCAGAGCUCUGCACUCGGAUUUUUACUCGCUCAAAAGCAUUUCACGAACCCCCUCGUCGCCGUCCCAUCUGCAGUUAGCGUCGUCUGUAUGGCACUUGGUGGCAGUGCUCUUGCUGUCUUCUGGAGGAACAUGCCGAUUCCUGCUGAUGACAAAGACGAUUUCAAAGAAUGAAAAGAAAAGAAAAGAAAGAGAAGUAGUACAAGUUUUAGAUCUUUGCUAGUUUACAUUGGUCCUAUUCAUUAGUACGAGCUUUAGAUCUUUGCUAGUUUACAUUGGUUCUAUUCAUUUGUUAGAAAGGCAAUUGGAAACGAUGUUGAGAUGCUGUUGGUGGUAGUAAUAUUUGAAGUUCAUGGAAUUUUGGGAAAUUUUAUUUGAAUUUAGUCAAUGAAAUUUAGUUGUUGUGCUUAAUUGGACAUCAUCAUUAUUAUAUUGUAAAAUUGUACUUUAUAUUUGUAAUGAGAAUGUUAAUGUUAGAAAA